GACUUCAUAGAAAGUAAGUCAGAAUGUGAACAAAGAGGUUGUGUUUGGGACGUGACUUCCAAGAGCUCAGUCAGUCCUCAAUGCUAUUUGAAUACAGAAAAGAUUGGCUAUAAUUUGUCGGGAAAGAGGACCAAAACUGCCACCGGUUUUGAGAUCGAUCUGCAAAUCAAAGACACGGCCAAACACUUAUUAAAAUCAAUAUUUAAGAUCUACGACCCGAAAGACAAGAGAUAUGAAGUUCCCCUUCAGGAGACAUUUCCUUUACUCUUGCAAAAGCCGGUCAUAGACCCGACAUCAGCCAAAUAUUCAGUUGAAUUGAAUGACAAUAACACAGAAUUUAAUUUGGCUGUUGUUAGGAAAGAUACCAAAACAAAAAUUUUUGACACAUCGAUCGGUGGACUUAUAUUCAGCAAUCAAUUGCUGCAAAUCGCCACAUAUUUGCCGACUCAACACAUCUACGGUUUCGGAGAGAAUACACACCAUUCCCUUAAACACGAUCUCAAUUAUAAGACAUGGAAUCUAUUCUCUCGGGGAGAGGGGCCCGACAAAGGAGUCAUCAACCUGUAUGGCGUCCAUCCCUUUUAUACAGGUCUUGAAUCUGACGGCAAAUCUCAUGGAAUUCUGUUUCUUAACAGCAAUGCAAUGGAGUACACACUAAUGCCAGAGCCGGCGCUGUCACUGAAGACAAUCGGAGGUGUAUUAGACUUCUUCGUGUUUGUGGGCAAUAAUCCCGAACACGUGAUCCAAUUGUAUACACAACUCAUUGGACGACCAUUUCUACCGCCCUUCUGGUCACUUGGCUUUCAAAUAGCUCGUUAUGGAUUCAAAAACACAGCUAAUGCUAAGGAUGUUUUUUAUAGAAAUAUAGAGGCAAAAGUCCCACUGGAUGUCACUUAUAUGGACAUUGAUUAUAUGAAUGAAUUUCAAGAUUUUACAUAUGCUCAUGAUAAUUUUUCUGGUUUACCACAAUUGAUUUCAUCGCUUAAGAAAGACCACGACAUUCAUACCACUCUGAUGUUGGAUGCGGCCAUUCAGGGCAAUGAUAGCAAUUAUGGCGCCUUUUGGGACGGCUAUGAAAACGAUGUGUACGUAAAAUGGCCUAAAUAUGUGAACACAAGCCAACAGCACAAUCCGGACGGCGUGAAGACUGAUAAGUCAGUCCUGUAUGGAAAGGUAUGGCCUUACGGACCGGCUGCCUUUCCUGACUUCUUUAAGGACGCCACUAAAAAAUGGUGGACUAAAUGGAUUAGAUAUAUGUAUACAGAUUUGGAUCUUAAGUUUGACUCCAUUUGGAUUUCAAGAGACUACUGUCCCGAAAAUGAACUAGAUUACCCACCCUCCAGAAUUCAGUCAAUCUAUGCCUAUGAGAACUAUACAAAGUUAUCGGACGGCACGAUAUGCAUGUGUACAGUACAGGGAGAACAGGGAGAAUACACUCACUAUGAUGUCCACUCACUUUAUGCCGUCCCUCAGAGUAUUGUCACUCAAAAAGCCGUACAAGAGAUCACCGGAAAGAGAGGUUAUGUACUCUCGCGAUCCACUUAUGUAUCUUCGGGUAGAUAUACAGCCCACUGGACGGGCGAUAACAUCUCGACCUUUAGUCAAAUGAGAGACUCUAUUAUCGGUGUCUUGGAGUUCAAUAUGUUUGGAAUCAACUUUGUUGGCUCAGAUAUCUGUGGAUUCUUUCAUAACCCGACUCCUGAGUUAUGCCGCCGUUGGCUACAAGUGGGGGCUUUCCAUCCAUUCAGUCGCAGCCAUAACGAGAUAAAUGCAAAAGACCAGGACCCGGCUGUUUGGACCAUAAAUGGUCACCCAGAAGUCACACAAGCCGCCAUUAAUUCACUAAAUCUACGCUACACUCUAUUGCCGUAUUUAUAUACACUGUUCUAUAGGGGACACACCAUUGGCGAGACAGUGGCCCGACCCGUGUUUCAUGAGUUCCCCACCGAUAUUCAUACGUACGAUAUUCAGGAACAGUUUAUGUGGGGUCGCUCUGUACUCAUCACUCCUUUCCUUUAUGAGGGCAAAACCGAAAGGGAGGCCUAUAUUCCUGCAGACAUUUGGUAUGAGAGUUGGCCACAAAUAGUGAAAGUGAAAGACACGGGAAAGUUAGUAGUCAUCAAAGAGAAGAACCUAACGGAUCCCCCACCCGUCCACUUGAGGGGCGGAUCUAUAAUCCCGAUGAGUGUGAAGACUGAACACAAGAACACUAAUAGUGUGCGACAAUCGGCCAUCAAUUUGGUUGUAUUACCGGAUCAGUCAAAGCGAGGUUCAGGUGAUCUGUUUUGGGACGACGGAGAGUCCAUCGAUACCAUUGGGAACGGAGUCUAUAAUUACUAUACCUUUGAAUUGUUGGACAACUGUUCCGUUGUAUUGAAUGUUAAACAUAAUAACUAUACAAAUGUACCGAUUGUUGAAGAGAUUAGAGUUUAUGACACAACUGGUGGACAAAUCACAGCUACUAUUGAUGGCAAGAGUACCGGUGCUGUUGUCGAUAAGGAUGGUUCGGCUCGUAUUCACACUAAUUUAGACCUGAAGACUAAAAAGGCUGGCGAGCAAUGGGUUAUUAGUUGGACAGACACUUCAAAGAAAUGCAAUUUAAACUAACAUAAUAUUAAUUGAAUAUUUUAAUUAUAAACAUUUUGAAUGAAUUACAAUAAAAUUAUAUAAAAAUA